AUGGAUUUGAAUCCCAAAUAUGAUGACUAUGACUUCCCGGUUGAGGCGGCGACUCAGCAGGAUGGACAUCCGGGACACUUGACUGAACAGCAGAUUGCUUCGGUUCACCAGUUACGAAUGUUGCUGGAGGCUGAAGGAUACACGGAACGCCUGGAUACCUUGACAUUGGUAUGGCAGCAGAAUAUCGGUGAAGGAGAGGGGGCAAACAUGGAGUUCAUUGACUGCGAGAAGUGGCGAAAAGAUAUCAAGCUAGACGAGAUUCUCCCUUUCUGGGAUUAUCCUGAGAAGCCCGAGGUUUCAAAAUACUAUAAACAAUUCUAUCACAAGACGGAUAAGGAUGGCCGACCUAUAUACAUUGAAGCUCUCGGUGGCAUUGACCUGACUGCCAUGUACAAGAUCACCACCGCCGAACGCAUGCUUACCAACUUGGCUGUCGAGUACGAGCGUGUCUCCGAUCCCCGCCUCCCUGCUUGCUCCCGAAAGGCUGGUUCCCUUGUCGAAACCAGUUGCAGCAUCAUGGAUCUCAAGGGUGUUACGCUUACUAAGGUGCCUUCAGUCUAUUCCUAUGUUCGCCAGGUUUCUGUAGUCUCUCAAAACUAUUAUCCUGAACGUCUAGGAAAGCUUUAUUUGAUCAACGCCCCGUGGGGUUUCUCUACGGUCUGGAAUGUUGUCAAGGGUUGGCUUGAUCCUGUUACCGUUGGCAAAAUUCAUAUUUUGAGUUCUGGAUACAAGACGGAAUUACUCAAGCAAGUUCCCGCCGAGAACUUGCCCAGGGAGUUUGGCGGCAACUGUGAGUGUGAAGGUGGCUGCAUGAACUCCGAUGCCGGCCCCUGGCAUGACCCCAAGUGGGUUAGGCCCGCUAAGUGGGAAAGAAAGAAGGAGGAAAGCAAAAAGGAGCGAAAGGAUGAAAAGAAGGAGGAAAUUCCAACUGCUGCGGCCGCCGCUCCUGAUCCUGAGAAAAGAGAGAGUCCUGAGACGGCUGGAGUUGAGUCCACCCCGUCUGUUCCUGCUACUGGAGCUUAA